ACAGAUGGUUAUUGAAACUAUGGACCAUAGCCACGGGGCCUACCUCAAAACUUUCAUGUUAGCCUUCGAUACCAUAAAGAACCUCGUCGCCAAGUAUUUAUCUGUCCGACGUUGCCAACACUUGAGUUCAUAAAGACACUGCUAUAACCUGAGUACGAGUGGAAAAAAUCAGUGUGAUCCACGAAAUUCGUCUUCAGAAAUGGAUUUCUCCAUGAACAAUAACACGCUCGACCCGAAUGUUGGGAUGACUGAGAGUAUUAUUCAUGAGCACCAGCUGCCCAAGUUGAUUGGACCGGAAAAGUGGAGAGACUUGGCACGAAUGCUAGACUUCAGCCAAAAUGAAAUUGACAUUAUCAGUGAAAAAAACAAUUGCCCCAAGGAAUGUUGUAUCGCUGUCCUCGUAAAAUGGAUCCAUCGAGGGGGACAGGAUGCUACUGUUGGAAAGCUUGUAGAUGCCCUGACUAAGAUAGAACUUAAGAGCGUGGCUGACGUAUUACUGAGUCCAAUCAAUGGUAAAAAAACCAUCUCUAUUGAAGUUAGAGGGACUAUAGAGGUAGACAAUACAAACCAGAUCAUAUUUGGCAACGACAGUACUGGGAGGUCAACGUUCUUUGUGUGGGAGACCAAAACAAAAGAAUUUCAUACAUCUUUGAAGGAAAUCAAAGACUAUAUAUAUAUCAUCGACCAGGUUGUAGGAAAUACACCCAAGCAAACAGAACAAGUCGUGGUUGAAGAUCUUACCUGCAAAGUUAACCAAAUUUCCGAAGACAUAGAAAAUCUUCAAAAAACGCUUUCAGACAUAAAAUCCAGUUUGGACAUGCCUGAAUUAAAAGGUGAAACCUUCACAAUGCAAGGAAAAUUGGAGUUCAUCGGCAAACAGAGCAGAACAUUGGAGGAAGUGUACUCUAAAGUAACAAGAAUGACAGGCCGAGCUUGUGCAUGUGACAAGUUCGUUAGGAGACAGUUCUAUGAUUUUACCUUUUGCAACUUAAAAGCCGUACAUGAUGAUCUGAACGCUCGUGUCGCCGACCUGAAGUCAGCAGACACAAACCUCACAAAGGAAGAAAAUGAGAAGCUUCAAAUUCUGCUGGCAGACCAAAGAGGAAGAGAAAAACAGGUUGAGCAGUUGGAAGCAACGCGGGCGCAGCUAUUCUUCUGCGCUGAGGAAGAACAGAGGAUAUCUCAAUACUCAACACCAGAGAGACGAAAGUCAGAGCCAUCUAUUCCAGUGCAGGUAAAUUUAGACGAAUAUGAAAGUUCUAAAUGUUUUUUAGCAAAGGAAAUCAAAGACCAUAUAAAUACUACCGACCAGUUUGCAAGAAAUACACACAAGCAAACAGAACAAGUCGUAGUUGAGGAUCUUACCUGUACAGUUAACCAAAUUUCCGAGAACAUAGAAAAACUUCAAAAAACACUUGCAGACAUAAAAUCCAGUUUAGAAGUGCCUGAAUUAAAAGGAGAAACCUUCACAAUGAAAAGAAAGUCGGAGUUCAUCGGCAAACACAACAGAACAUUGGAGGAAGUGUACACUAAAGUAACAAGAAUGACGGACCAAGCUUCUGCAUUUAAAGAGUUCGUCAGGAAACAGUUCUAUGAUUUUAACUUUUACAACUUAAAAGCUGCACAUAGCGAUCUUAACGCUCACGUUGCCGACCUGAAGUUAGUGGACACGAACUUCACAAAGGAAGAAAAUGAGAAGCUUCAAAUUCUGUCGGCAGACCAAAGAGGAAGAGAAAAACAGGUUGAACAGUUGGAAACAACGCGGACGCAGCUAUUCUCCACUGCUGAGGAAGAACAGAGGGUAUCUCAAUAUUCAACAUCAGAGAGGCGAAAGUCAGCGCCAUCUAUUCCAGUGCAGAUACCAUCAGCAAAUACAGACGGGGUGUCGCCGAGGAAAUCCACCAAGAUCAAACGAAAUAAAACAUGGAGUCUUUUUAGAAGCUGGAGGAAGAGCAGUGAAAUACCUGCAGUGAAGAGCAGUGAAAAUAUGUGCAAUCUUGUUUCCUAUUCCCAAAAGGCUCCGGAGGAUUCUUGA